AUGUUCUUUGCCAUCACUAUCUAUCUAAAUCUAAACACAAUCUAUUUAAAUAUAAAGCUAUUUAUCUUCCUAUCUAUCGAUCUAAAUCUAAUCACAAUCUAUCUAUCUAAAUCUAAUUACACUCUAUCUAAAUUUAAUCACAAUCCAUCUAAAUAUUAUUAUAAUCAAGCUAUCUAUCUAAAUAUAAACACAAUCUAUCUAAAUCUAAUCACAAAUUUUCUAUCUAAAUCUAAUCUCAAUCUUUCUAAAUCUAAUCACAAUCCAUCUAAAUCUAAUUACAAUCACGCUAUCUAUCUAAAUCUAAUCACAAUCUUUCUAUCUAAAUCUAAUCUCAAUCUUUCUAAAUCUAAUCACAAUCCAUCUAAAUCUAAUUACAAUCAAGCUAUCUAUCUAAAUCUAAUCACAAUCUUUCUAUCUAAAUCUAAUCUCAAUCUUUCUAAAUCUAAUCACAAUCCAUCUAAAUCUAAUCACAAUCUAUCUAUAUGCAAUUCUAUUACGCCUAGAAAAUCGUCAUAA